AUGACCUGUCUUCUGGACCUUUCGCACGAGCUUCUUCAGGGCAUCCUGGGUGAGGUUGACGGACACGACCUUGCGGCAUUAAGUGCGACAUGCCGUGCCUUCAACUCUUUCGUAAAUGGCAAUAGAAUACUUUGCAGGAGUGUCUACCUUCGCUCAUGGGACCACCCAGUAGAAGCCGAACCUUGUUGGGAGUCGUCGGUACGCAACCUAGUUGCGCUGCAGAAGCUACUUGAGAGUGACAACCUCGAAACAAAGCGCGAGGCAUUUGCUUGGGCAGCUCCUCUUAUCGCACCACUCUUGACCGUCAAGAACAACACCAAAAAUGCUCAAUUUCUUGCCGAUCUCUUCAAGUCGCAGAACAACAUCGACGCCUUUCUCGCUGCAUCCUCCCUCUUCGAACAUGCUGGAAACCUGACACAGCAACCAGCAGCCACACCAGAGCUAUGCCAGCUUGCCGCAAAGCUGCACUGUCUUUAUGGUGUCCCCAUCGACUGCCAGAUCCCACCAAUGCUUACCCCAACCAACAACUAUGCUCGCGCUAUAGUCUACGAUCUCCGACGAUACACAGAAGAAACUAUGUGGGGUCCUUUCAAGAGUGACGGAAGUCAGGAAGUCGACUGGGAAAAAGUUGAGGCGAUAAUGGUCGUCUUAGGAUACAACAUGCGGCUCUUCAACAGAAGAGCACCACACGUCUUCGAGCCAGUAUGGGACAAGCCAUUCGACGGCGCCUCUCCCUAUUCUUACAUCUCUGCUCAGCCGAAGGGACUAGUACGGGAGUUGAGUCCGCCUGGUGAUCUUGAUAUGCAGGAUCCAUACGGCAUUACUGGAGAGUGGAUGCGCGUCGUCUGCUUCCUAGAUUACCACGACCUGUUCGCCUUUAACUUCCUGCACAGCGUACCUGAUGAUCAGCCCCGGGACCCCAUCAAUACUCGAGAAGCCAUCAGAAUUAUCCGCCUCAAACUUCGGGUAUCCGCAAUUGAACCUCCUGGGCCUGAAGACGGUCAAGAUUACCCUGUCGUUUCUUUCACAGGUACAAGCUGGAGUUUACAUGCAAGCUGGGAUGCAAACGCAAAUUCGCAGAUCAGAGGUAGUACGGUUCGACAGACGCCAGAAGGUGAAAUUCGCUGGACGACAUUUUCCAUAUUCCACAGCGAAGAACGCUGGCGAAGCGAAGGCAUCCAAGUCGGCGGCAUCCGCUCAGGCAGAGGCGUACUCGGCAACUGGUUCGACAAGGACUUUGACCGUCAUGGGCCUGCUGGCCCUACUGCAUUCUGGAAAGUAUCUGACUAUAUCGAAGACAAAGAUGCGGAGGAGGGAGCACAUGAUGAUGCAUCCCUAGGAGAUGACGACUCGGAAGGUGAUACCGAGUAUAUGAGUGACUAG